UCUUUGUUUCGGCGUGCGAGAGAACAGUAGCAGCAGCAGCAGAGAGAGAGCAGUCUCCAUCGCGGUGUGUGCGCUGCAGAGAGGCACCCGGCUAACGAAAAUUUGCCGCUCGACGACGCGCAUCGUCGUGUCCCUGUAAAUAUACACGCUUUUCGAGAGGACACAGCCAUCGGCGGGGAAAAACAUCGCACCGCACGCGAGAGGAGCAUCAGCCGACGUAUAGGACAAGGCCCUCCCUCUCGUUCAUCUCUCUCUCUCUCUCUCUCUCUCUCUCUCUCUCUCUCUCUCGCGCGCUAUCACGUCGGUGUGUGUGUGUGUGUGUGUACAAAUCUACACAUCAGCGCGACGUACAAGCCCUGCAGGACCAGGCGAGCGAAGAGUAACGACAGCGUCGUUGUCGAGAAGAUACGCUACGCGCUCUAACAGAGGACGGAAGUAUAUCCAGUGCUGUAUAUAAUAUAUAUAUAUAUAUACGUGUGUGUGUGUGUUGCGGACGACGUCGGCGCCGGAGACGCAGCAGCAGCAGAGCGGAGUGGAGUAGAAGGGGAGCACAGUCGGCUUGCGAAUUCGACGGAAGAUAGAGCGCGCGCGAGCUAGCGCCCGUGAACGAACGAGAGAGAGAGAGAGGAAAAGCCGCAGCAGAAGAGGGGCGCUCUCUCUCAGGAAAUAACCUCGAAAAUUCGCCUGCGUGUUUUGGCGGCCUCUUAACACUGUCAUCAACGCGCGCCGCUGUAUCGGGUAUAUACUGCACACAUCGACGGCUGGAACGAGAAGAAGAAGAAGAAGAAAAAGAGAUAUAUACAGCAGUGCGGCGGAGCUCUUCCAGCACACAUACACACACACACACAGUGCCGGCUGCUUCGACCAAAGCGCCCCUGGUGGCGGCGACUUCGUCUCUCUCUGUUUUUCGCCGCCGUACAGCCGCUCUCCCUGUCAUUUGCGAUAACGAUUUUUCUGCCGGAGAGUCGUUUCUUUCUGUCUCUCUCUCUCUCUCUCGCCGCGGCUCUCCUCGAAUGUUUUGCCGCCGCCGGCGGCGCGACCAAGUGAGCCUCUCCGGAGCAGUGUGUAACGUAGCGACGACUGUAUAGAUCGAGUAGAAUCAGUGCUUCGUUUCGGUCAGUGCUGAGUGCUUGUAUGUAUAUAGUAUAAGGGUGAGAAGAAGAAGAAUAAGCAAGAUCAUCGACUGCUCGGUCGGUCAGAGUUCUCUCGUGCAACGAGAGGGUUAAAGACUGCAGAAGAGGAUCACAGUUGUUGUUUUUCGUGAAUUGUGCUGUCGUCGCGACUGUGCACAGUCGGGACGACCCAGGGCGGUCCAAGGGUGAAUUUCGAGGAGGUGACGCGACUGGAGAGAGCAUUGGAGACGGUGGAGAGUUACACAGGCGGCUGGAUGAAGCCGCCGGGGGACCUUUUUCUCUACUGCGACAUGAAAGACCUGGGAGCUGACAUGAUCGCUCCCUCGGCAAAAAAGUUAUGGGGCGUCGACGAGGGCGGCUCCAAGGACGAAGGUGGUGUAAAAGGCGGUGGGAUACUCCACCUGGGCGACCAGAUGUGGCGGGACUCAACGUGGAGCACCUCUGAUCACGCAGUUUCACAACCGAUUUCAAUGGGCACCGGAAGGCGAGUCGGUGUCGGCAGCGGAUUUCAUCAGACGACAGAAGUCGGAACCGUUCUCAGUCCCAGAAGCAGCGAAACUGGCGGACUCGGAGUUAAAAUGGUCGAAUACGUGCUGGGUUCGAGUCCUACGACCCCGAAAGAAUUGGAGCCGCGAAUGGUGUCCCUCAGAUUGAACGACACAGAUAAGAAGGACAAGGAUAAAGGCACAGCUAGCCCCUUUGAUAGCUCAAAGGACGACACUGGUCCCCAAGGAAACGGACUGUCUUCUCAAAAUGGUCUCGACGAUGACAAAGGAUUCAAUCGCACACCGGGCAGCAGGCAACCAUCGCCCGGCGAGGAGGAAUUCCAGAAGAAUGCGACACUCGCGGUGAGCACCGGUGCCGGCGGCGUCGUUCUGUUGAAACCCGGCGUCGACGUGAUGGGCGGAGGCGAGGAGCACUUCAUGACCGCGUUUGCUCCGGCACCGCCUCACCACCUCCAGCAUCAUCAGGCCCCACCGACUCAUCAUCUGCCACAUCUACCAUCUCACGCCGCUCAGCUGUUCGGUGCUCAGGGUCCACCGCAGGGACCGCCGCCGUCUCAGCAGCAGCAACAGCAACAACAACAGCAAGGACCGCCGCAACCGCAAGACACAACCGGACACUUCGACGUACAGCAACUGUUCCGGAGCCAAGCGCAGGGCGCGACUCCCCAGCAGCUCCAGCUUCUCCAGCAGCAACAACAGCAGCAACAGCAACAGCAGCAGUACCUGGCAGCCUCGCAGGCUCAGCAGCAGCAGCAGCAAGCGGCGGCUCAACAGCAGCAGAACUUCCCGGCGACGCCGUACACCGUAAUCGGAGGCCAGGAGCCUUACGUCGGUCUCAUCACCGGUGCCCCACCUGUGGUACCCCAGUACUACGGGCCAUGGGUCUACCCAGCUGGACUUUUGCCACAGGCACCGCCACAAGCUGCAGCUCCACCACCGCCGAGACGACCUCUCACGCCGUCGUCCGCUGCCGCGGCUGCCGUUGCUCAGGACACCGCCAACAAUCUCGCGCAAACGGUUCAAGGCCAGUACCAGGUGAUCCCGGCGUACUACGACCAGAACGGCUCGAUCGUGAUGGGCGGCGUGCGGGGCUUGGGCUCCGCGGCGACGCCGAUGCGCCUCGUCAGCCCGGCCCAGGUCCUCGUCAACAGGGCACCAUCCCAGCCACCACCGGGACCACAGGCUCCACCGCCACCGAGUCUCUACAGCCAGGCUACCCCGACGUCGCACAGCAACGCUACUCCCGGCGAGUGCUUGGGUCUGGCGGCGUGCAGUGCAGCUGCCGUGGUUGCUCAAGCUCAGGCGGUCGCCGUACAGCAGGCCCAGCAGCAGGGCUCAGGAUUGGCCGCCGGCUUAGCGGCCCUGGGCUAUGGCGGCUCUCCGCUCGGAGCUCUUGGCUCGCCAGCCCAACUACAGAGCACAGGUUUGGGUCUUGGAGCAUCGUCCACUGGUAGGAGGGAUUCCUUCGAUAGAAACACUUCUGCAUUUAGUCCCAGCUUAGAAUACAACAGAGGAAAAUGGCCGCAGAGUUACGGCGCUCUUGAAUUUCCAAUGAACGCAGGCACCGUGACCGCGUCGCCGAGUCCUUUGGGCCUGUCUCUGACGCCGCCGCCAUCCAUCGGUGGUUCGCUCGGCGGACUCGUCGGUGGCGCGAAUCGCGUGUCAGCUGCUCCAGGAGCCGAAGCCAAAUUCCGCACCAACGCCGUACCCACCGCUCUCACGACCAACGGCGUAUUUGGAUCGAGCAGCUCGCUGUUCCCGAAUCUCGUCGGCAAGCCAGGACGAGGCGGUGCUGCUGGAGUCGGCGGUGACAAGACCACCGGCGGUAGAUCUCGACUCCUCGAGGAUUUCAGAAACAACAGAUUCCCGAGUCUACAGCUACGCGACUUGGCCAACCACAUAGUCGAGUUCAGUCAGGAUCAACAUGGAUCUCGUUUCAUUCAGCAAAAACUGGAGCGCGCCUCGCCCAACGAGAAACAGCUCGUGUUCCAGGAGAUCCUUGCCUCGGCUUACUCUCUCAUGACCGACGUCUUUGGCAAUUACGUAAUACAGAAGUUCUUCGAGUUCGGUACACCUGAACAGAAGUCGACUCUUGCCCAGAAGGUACGUGGACACGUUUUACCGCUGGCCCUCCAAAUGUACGGCUGCCGAGUGAUUCAGAAAGCUUUGGAGUCAAUCGGACCGGAACAGCAGCAGGAAAUCGUACGCGAGCUGGAUGGUCACGUACUAAAGUGCGUGAAGGAUCAGAAUGGAAAUCACGUCGUGCAGAAAUGCAUCGAAUGCGUGGAACCGCGGGCUUUGCAAUUUGUCAUCGGCGCCUUUGCCGGCCAGGUUCAUUCUCUGAGCACCCAUCCAUACGGCUGCAGGGUAAUUCAGCGCAUUUUGGAGCACUGCACGCCCGAGCAGACGCAGGGAAUCCUGCAAGAGUUGCACGCUGCCACCGAUCAGCUAAUACAGGAUCAAUACGGCAACUACGUUAUUCAACACGUUCUCGAACACGGCAAGCCAGAGGACAAGGCUCAGCUAAUCAACAGCGUUCGAGGAAAGGUGUUAGCUCUCUCCCAGCAUAAAUUUGCCAGUAACGUCGUUGAGAAGUGUGUGACCCACGCGACCAGACAAGAACGAGCUGUACUCAUUGAGGAGGUUUGCGGCUUUAACGACAGUGCAUUGAACGUCAUGAUGAAGGACCAAUACGCCAAUUACGUCGUGCAGAAGAUGAUCGACGUGGCAGAGCCAGCGCAGCGCAAAAUACUGAUGCACAAGAUUCGACCACACUUGGCUGGCCUUCGCAAAUACACUUACGGCAAGCACAUCAUCGUGAAGCUCGAGAAGUUCUUCAUGAAGACCGCCAACGCAAUGGUGGGGGCAGCACCUGCCAGUGGCACAACCGGCGCGAGCGAUCUCGGUCCCAUCGGACCGCCUGCAUCUACUGCUGGAUCCGUCACAACUUCGUCUCAACAAUCAACACAGGUUUUAUAAAAGAAAGGCUACAAACGACCACAGGGUCGAUCGCUCCAACCGCGAGCCAAGAUCUAUGAUUAAAAUGACUAUCCAAAACAGUUAACUUGAUGCUGACGCUUCCAUUCAGGAGUUUUUAUGGGCGAAAAUUUAAACUGCGAAUAGAUUGUACGGAGGUUUUUAUUAGGGAUCCGAAGCGAUGCUUGACAAAGCUUUUUCAUUGAAUUUUUACUAGGAACAAGAGAAAGAGAGGUAAAGGGAGGAAGAUGCAUUUUCUCAGAUUAUACGUGUCAGGAGCGUCAGCACAAGUUUUGAGGCUUUAGUAAUCAGUUUAUAUAGAAUUGUGGUUCAAGGUGGACGUAGGCACUGCUUAACGUGCAUGGGAACCUUGAUAUAUUAUUGAAACUUAGUUUGUGAUGUUUUCAUAUAUGUAGGAUUUUGAAUCAGGCGAUACGUACGCGAUAAAAAUUGUUCGUUGUUUAUCUUAUAAAAACGUUAAAAUUCACGAUACACUUGUAUCCUUGGAAGAUUUUAACUUUAAGUUAUGCAGAUAACAACGACUUAUCAAUACGAUGUCGGCAUUUCAAAAGAAAUAAAAAAGAUAUGCAGGUUUAACAUCUCGGACAAACCGAUGAGAUGAAUUCACGAGUUUCCUCGAAGAUUAGACCACGAGGUUAGAGUAAUAGGAUCGAUGGGAAAUAACGAUGGCAAACACUGAAAAUCGUUGCCUCAAUUAAAUGAUAUCUAACAGCUAGAAUAGAUCAUAGUGCUGCAUGCAUUUAUCGUUGUAUGAUGAUCGACAUAUGAUGUACGUUCCGUAUGUGAAAUGUCCUGCUUCAGUAGCAGAAUUUUUACGUACAGUUUCCGCAAAUAGAGCAAAUUUGGUACAGAUUGAAAGUGCCGAAUACUAUUAACCAGUCAUUGUGCAUUCGUUUCUUAAUUUCGUGAUUAUCAUUUACUCGAACCUUUGAGAACGCAGCUAGCAGGGUUGCUUUUUCUUUUUUUUUUUUUUUAGAUCUUCUUCAGUUGACCAGUUUUUUAAAGAUCGGAAUGUAAUAUCUGGUUUUCAUUGUUCAUGAUAAGUUAAUGGUAUUUGGUAGCUUGAAAAUUCGAGUAUAGUGUUUGACAUGGGAGCAAAGUCGAGAACAGUCCCAAUCCGACUGCAAAUUUACCCUAAGGCAUAUUGCGUUGAAACAGUUUGUACCAAUCGAUUUUCAUUCAUUUUCAAGCAAGGAAAUGCUACGUAAGUGGUGUACACAAAUCUGGAAGUGAAGGCAUUUUUUUCGUUGACAAGACUUGUAUGUACCUCCCAAUAUCUGCAUAAAAUGCAAGUUGAGGUACUGUAUAGACGUGGUACGCUUUGACUGUGCUUACCAGACAGGUCGACCUGAAAAUAAUAAACGGGAAAUCCUCGGUGAAAAUGAUGAGAAAAGCCAACAAGUAGGCGGGACAACAAGAUUCAGUAAAAGUUCUCCUUGAUUUUAUACGCGCUCGAGUGAGAACCGCAAGAAAGCAUUUUUUUACAUGAGCAACGUCCCUGCCGUUUUUUCAGUUAAUUUUAUCCUAUUAAAAAGAAGCCCUCGAAUUUUGUAAAUUGUGAUAUAAAUAAUAAAAUGUGUAUAGAAACGACGUGACCCCCUCACACCAAUCGCGAGGAACCGCAAAUUCAACGGUUAUUUUAUUUUCCACGAAAAAAAUUAUAAUAAAAUCCCCUACCUUCUUUUUUAACGGACUCUGUGAAUAUUGUGUAUUAUAAUAAUUACUAAUUACUUAAAUUUAUAAAAUAUGAGUUACGUUUCGAUACAGCUGCCCGAACCUAAUUAUUAAACGUACCCGUAUGAUUUGUCCAUUCGGUACUCAUCUCACUUGAGAAUUGUAAAAUAUGAACUUUCGGAAAAUGAAAAUAAUAGUGACCGGUAACCAAUUUUUACAAACUUCUCGAAUAAUCACACGGCCACCGUUCGUGGCACGUUCGAACGUGUUUGAACUCAAUUGUAUAUUGUACAAAUGGUAAAAAGUUUUUUUUUUAAAUCAGCAAAUCAAGCCCGCACAAUGCGCGUGUAAAUUAGCCCCUCCGUGCAUAAAACGCCCCUCUCGUCCCACCAUAUUCACUCGCAAAUUGCAAGGCCGUUUUCGUUGUAUUAUAAUCGACGACUACCGACAGAUCUAUAGAAAAGAAGCACUCUCCAUGAAAUUUUUCCGCCGUUUUACGAUUUGCUCACUUUGUUCAUACUUGCUUUAAUCACUUUCGGUUUACUGAGUUGUUUCGUUCUCUUAAAUCAUAAGAUGUGAUUAAUCAAUUUCUGUGCAAUUUUUAAGAGAAAAAACAAGUAAAAGCCCUCCGGAAGAGGCUGAGAGUAAUAUCGAGUUGCACCCCCCCCCCCUGUACAAUGUAUAAUAUUUUGUUAAUGUAGGUGUUAUAUAAACAAAAGUUAAUACGGUGUCAAGCAACUCGAGUAAACAAAAAAAUGUCCGUUGUGAUUCUGUACAAAAUAAACGAGAUGAAAAAGAGGAAAGGAAAGAAUGAAGAAGAGGAAUGUAGCAGCUUUCUUUGUAAGAUAUUGUAAAUAACGAUUUAUUAAACAAAUUGACAAAUUCCUAGGUACCUUUUCUCUCUCUUACUCUUUCUUCGCACGAGAAUUACUUAUUUGUAAGGCGAUAAAUAAAUAGCGCGGUAAAAAAGAACGGACGCGAAAAGCAGUAAGUUAUACGACAAGUACGUACUUACGCGUAUAAUCUUCCGACGGCAAUUUAUGGUUUCUUUUAGACUAAGUUCUUUGUAAGACAAGACUUGUAUCUAAGUUUUUCGGGAAAAUUUCAAUGGAGACUGCACUUUUCGAACUUAUAUGCAAAAAAGCGCCUGGGCGCUCAAAAGGGGAAAGGUGAAAGAAAACCUAAUUAACAUUGCACCGACUGCCGAACAGACAGACAUUCCAACUCUGAAGAGAAUACAUAAAAUAAAAAAGUAAAAAUGAAUUAAAGAAUCAUUUUCAGUUGUCAGGAUAUUUAAUAGAGGAAGGCAAUUUAUUUCUAUAAAUAACGGCUUUGUGAACAUAUUACGAAUAAUGUUUAAGGAAUGACGAUAAUAGUUCCUUCAUCUGUGUAAAUCGCGCGUCAUUUGUAAAUUAAAGAGCAGAGUAACCACGCAUCAUUUGUAAUAGAAAUCAUCUCAUACUCGUCGACGGAUUUGCGACUAAGCGAAACUAAGCGAGUUUAAACAAGCAAAGCGAAAGGAGCGUUAAUUAAAUCAGAGAAGAAAAACUGUACGAAGAUUAAUCGAAUGCAAAAUCUCUCUCAUGUCUUAACUACUAGAAUUUAUAAAUUUAUUACUAUCAUUAUCAUUAUUAUUAUUAUUGCAUUAUAUUACUAUUAUUAUUAAUAUUAUUUUUAUUAUUAUCGCUAUAUACUACAAUUACUUAUACAUAUUGUUUGAUUAAUGCCUCCCUCUUUAUUAUUGAUUAUCGCUAAUACUAAUCGCUAAGCAUACUAUAUUAUACAUACACACAUAUAUAAACAAAAUAUAUAUACACGUAAGCAAGCCAGUAUAUAAAAGGAAAAAACUUUAUAAAUAUGGUAUAGAGGAACUCUUUGACAGGAGCGCAAAUAUAACAAUCAACUUCUUUUCUCUCUUUUAAAUCUAAAUAUUCAAGCUUUAGUACAAUUAUGCUAUGUCUACGUCAAAUAUUUAAAGAAAAAAAAUUCACGAUGAAAUUCUUGUCCAUUUUUAAUUAUACAUAGUGUACAUUUUUUAUAUAGCACGUGAGAUUAAAUUAACAGCGCGUCAAUGCUGUGCGAAAGACGUAGCACGUAGCUGUGUAUGUAAAAAAAAAAAACAAAGAAAAAAGAAGUUUGAAUAACAUUUUCACAUCCAUUGUCUUUCUAUGAUUCCGAGCGAAAAUCGUUUUUAUUUUCUAUUCCAUUUAUACUUUACUGGCCUGGUUGCGCGUUGGGGAAUUUCGAUGAGUCGAAAAGCUGCGAGUUUGAAUGUGCCGCGAAAUUUUUUCAUCUAGACAGUUUGUCUCGUUACCUCGUACUUUUUUACUCUUGUUCAUACUUCAGACUAUGUUUUCUUCUAAUUGUCGUUUGUGUUCCUUAACAGUUUCGUUCGACAUUUUACUAAAAAAUAGAACAUGCAGUUGAUUAAUAAUUUUACUCUGAUAUUGUUUUUUUUUUAUUUUAAUUUUGAAAUAAAAAAUGUCGAGGAUAAAAGUACGCUGUGACGAUGCGAAGGAAUGGUUAAUUAUUUAACGCCUUUGAUACAGCAAUGUUGAUUUGUAUAGAUAUCGUUAUGGCGUUUAAAUGAUAAACCUCUUUGGGACGCUGCUCCUUUGAUUAUAAUAAACGGUACGAAAUUCAUAACGUCGUUGAAGUUUAAAAAAUCCUUUGUUUUUCUACUACCGUAAGUUUGCAGUACGAUCAGUAUAUUACGAAUUUCGCCGAUCGUUGUUGAUAUGAUAAAGGUGAAUUCGAUGCACUAUCCCGAAAUUCCGUUUUCAUACCGAAAGAGUAGCGAUAGCGUUUUUAAUCUCUCUAAAUCUGCAUUAGGCGCAUGGAUCUUGCGAGUCUUAAGGAGGUUAAGGUGAGAAAAGGCUCUUACAACAUAAUGAAAGAAAAAUGAAUAAGUAACCCUAUAAAUAUUGAUUAUAUAUAUAUAUAUAAAUAUAUAUAAAUAUAUAUAUAUACCUGUAUAUGUAUACCUAAAUCUUACACCUAAUCGGUAUGACGAUAUGUAUGUAAUAAGUAAUAUUUAAAUAUUGUAACAAUUGUAUAUGAUUUUAUUACUACACGCUGAUUGUAUUAUAUAUUUGAAAGAUCUGCGACCUCCCACUUGUAGAACUUACUAAGUAAUUAACGAAAAUACACGGUUAACACAAGCUCAUGAACACACUUACACAAAUACACGAACAACAUCAACACUGAUUUUCAUGUGCACAUGCGAAAUGCAAUAGACACGGCAUACACGUAGACCCACCGGAUUUCAACUGCCAUGGCACUGGUGCAAACAAAAUGGAAAAAAAAUUAUAUACAUUAAAGUAAGAAAACAAAUAAAAGAAUAAAAAUAUGAAACAAUGAGCGGUUUGUCAAUCGUUCUAAUGUAUGGGCAGGAAAGAGGGUAAACAAAUGGAAGAAAAGCGAAGUGGAACUUUGUGUAAUCGAACCGAGCAUAUUGUAAAUCAGAAAUAAAUCGACUAACAUCCAUUCGGGAAUGGUGCGCCCUGAUAUUAAAGACUGAUGUACAGUAGCGCGCUAUUCUCCCCUUUUAAGUCUCAUCUUCCCCGAGCACACACACACGCAUUGACCUAUGCAGGCGUAAAGGCAACACUUGUACACUCGCACACCCACACACACACACAAAUACACAUGCAAAUAUAAAACUACACCUACACGUUCAUAACACACACAACAUUGAAACUCUUUUUAUCUUGAUACCGAUUUAACGGGCUGAUCGUAAGCGCGAAUGCAUGUGCAUCGCUAUACGCAAAGAUAAGAUCUAGAACUCGACGAAAUCCCGAUUUGUACUUGUUACGAGGAUUUUCAAAUUUUUCACUGAUCAGCGUUCGAAAAAAAUUUCAAUUCAUAUAAGAGUUAUAUUGUACGCUCGAGAGAAGCAGUGCAAAAUCGGGCGAUUUCGUCGAAACGUAUGCUACUAGUGCGAUUGGCAAAAACAAAAAAUGUAAAGCGUGAUCACAAUGUUAAAGAAUCGCUUACACGCGUUGUGAUCAUGUAAAUGGUGAACUUUUUGUAUGUAAACGCCGGCUCGCAUUUUGCUGUGCGCCAUCGAACACAUAUGGGCAACGUGUCAAGCGCUAAAAUGAACAAGCAGAAAAAUUGUCAGACCGAAAAUUGAUUGUGAGAAAGAGGUUUCAAGUUUUUCUUUUUUCCGUAUAUGAAAAUACCUUCGCUCGUAAGAUCGUUCUUAAUAAACGUGUGUAUAUAUGCAUAAAACUAUAGAAAAGACUCCGCCACGUAGCGCGAGCGUGAGUUGCGUUUUUUUCACUGUAUGUCAUUUCACGAAAAAAAUUUCCGAGAAAAAUAAUAAAGCUACAAAAAAUAUAUCGAUA